CGCAGCAACAGGAGGGCAGAGGCCAGGAGCUCACACCGAUCCCCCCCCGGAGGAUGCUGCCCACCCCUUUCUCCGUCGAGGAUAUCCUCAGCCUGGAGCAGAGCAGCGCUCCCGGAGCCCCCGGGGUCCGCCGCAGCCCCUCCGGGGAGGAGGAACCGCAGUCGGGACAACAUCUGCUCUCCCAACCCUUGCAGACAGACCAGCAGCAAAGUGAGCCCUGCCACCACCCCAAGCAACCGCAGCGGCGCAAACCCCGUGUUUUGUUCUCCCAAACUCAGGUGUCGGAAUUGGAGCGGCGAUUCAAGCAGCAGAAAUACCUCUCUGCUCUGGAAAGGGAACACCUGGCCAACGUGCUCCAGCUCACAUCCACCCAGGUGAAAAUCUGGUUCCAGAACCGGCGUUACAAAUGCAAGAGGCAGAGGCAGGAUAGAUCCCUGGAGAUGGCCACCUACCCACUGCCACCGCGUAGGGUGGCUGUUCCGGUGCUGGUCAGAGAUGGCAAUCCUUGUUUUGGGGGAUCCCAACCCCACCUGGCUCCUUAUGGGGUCACCGUCGGCCCCUACUCCUAUAGCACCUACUAUGGUGCCUAUGGGGUGAGCUAUGGGGUGGGCUACACUGGGGUGCUCAUACCGUGAGAUUGGGCUCAGCACCAGUUGGGAUGUGGCCCAGGAAAGGGAUGGGGGCAUCUGGAGCCGUAAUGGACAGCAGGAUGUGGUGCCUCCGUCCCCACCAACCAGCCCAAGGAAAGGGAUUUCUGGUGCUUCAGAUCCGGGGACCUCAGGACCAGAGGCAUUUAUUUAUUAGGACACAAACACAGAUUCUAUCCCAUCCCACCCUAUAGGGAUGCUCCUGUGGGAUGCUUAGGGAUGGGAUGCUGCUCUUCUUCCUAAGGAAACAGGGUCUGUGCACACCACUGUGCCUUUGCUUUUCCAUGAAUGCUCUAUUUAAGGCUUUGAGUUCCUCUCAUCUUUUGGGAUAUCCGUAUUUCUUAAUGACUUACCAGCGCAGGUGUUCACUUUUGUCUUGAUGAUGAUUAUUAUUUGCAAUUAAAAAAAAAAAAAAAAGGUGGGAAUACGUGUUUCCCCUCUCUCAGCUUUCCCUUUCAGCAUUUUAACCUCUCCAUCCACAAUUUGCAUCUGAGAAUCACAUCUGAAGCAAAAAAAGUGUUGGUGCUGAGCCAGCAGGGACCCAAACCCACCAGCACUGAAUGCUUUGCUGGACCAAAGGACCAUACAUGUACAUUUCUAUGUACAUCUCUCUUUACAUGUAUUUCAGCCUGGGAAUGAGACUUAAGAAGUAUUAAGAUGUCUUUUAUAGUCCUGUGUAUCUUUGGAGUGGUUUUCCCAAAGGCUGAGGUCAGGAGAUGCUUAAAAUCCCAAUGUUUGUGGGAUUGCUCUGCUGGGUACAUCCAACAUUGCUUUGAAUGUCUCCUGUUUCUUGCCCAAAUUAGAAACUGCUCAACUGCAAAAUGAGGCAGAUCUCUCCCGCAAAACCCAAAUCAGCCAAAAUUUAAUGCAAUAAAUGGCCAUGAGGGG